CCUGCUGGACAUGCUGCAAAAUGUAGUCUGGAUCCGACAUCAGCGUUUCUGUCAAAGGAACCUUCCUCUUCCGAAUGUCCUGCAUGCUGCGUGUCUGCACGGAGAAGACAGCCAGCCGGAGCUAAUAUAAUGAUACAGUAACUUGAGGAAGAACGGGGCAGGCCCUGGGUGCAGAGGGUCAAGGCGACUUACACCAUUCGCAGGAGGGGUCCUUAGUUGUGCCGAACACAGCAAAAUCUUGUGCGGACAAUGUGAAACCCAGGAGGCUAAUCCGAGAGUGAAGGACAUCUUAAAAUAAAAGUGCAUUUUCUGGCUCAUGGAUCUGGACGUGAUAGAGGGACUGAAUGAGGUGGUGCCGGCUGUGUACCGGGCUGCCUUGAAGCUGCGGUCCCUGCAGAAUCUAUGCCAGAUGCACAUGGUCACGCUGUCCGUGAUUGGCCCGGCUCUCCAGUCCCUGGGCGUGGCUGUGGGUCCUGGGGGAGGGGUCACGGAGGCUGACGUGAGGCGGAGCCUGGAACAGCUUUUCCAGGGCGUGUCCGAGGACGUCCCGGGCCAGGUGCCACCUGGAGCCGCAGGGCAGACCUCAGGACUGCUGUUCAGGCUGUUCGACAGGGAGCAGGCUGGCUGCAUCUCCCUGCAGUCUGUGGAGGUGGCUUUGAUUGCCCUGUCAGGAGACACGCUUUCUGCUAAACACGGUGCUCUGUACCGGCUGGCGGAACGCUGCAGCGGGCGGCAGGGCAGGGACAGCGGCACAGUGAGCCGGAGCGGCCUGAGAGUGCUGCUGGAGGACCUGAGCCAGAUCCCAGCAGUGGUGCAGGAGAGCCACGUGUUUGGUCCGGUGGAGAGCGCAGUACGCACCUGCUUCCAGGGGGUGCUGAGCGCGGGCGUGUCAGAGGAGGCCUUCCUGCGCUGGCUACGCUCCGAGCCGCGGCUGCUGCUCUGGCUCUCCACCCUCUACAGGCUCUCCGUCAGCGAGGCCGUGGUCCACCGCGUGCGCUGCCACGUCUGCAAGGCCUGCCCCAUCACUGGCCUCAGGUAUCGCUGCCUGAAGUGUGUGAAUGUGCACCUGUGCCAGACCUGCUUCCUGACUCACAAACGCAGCAGAAAACACAAACCCUCACACCCAGUGAUGGAGCACUGCACCCAGCCCUCCUUCAGGGAGUCGCUGGCCUCGCUGGCGCACAGCGCGAGACACGCCCUGCAGCGGAGACGCUUGGCCAGGAGGGAGGCAGAGAGGAGGAGCGCGCUCUGUACAGAGAUCCCUCCCAGAAUGCCGUGCAGUGCUCCCACAUCCCCGCUGCCACAGGCCACACCUCCUCAGACACAAGACCCGCCCCUUCCGCCCAGAGCAGAACCCAAGGCCACGCCCACAGGGCCCAGGCUCAAGUCAAAGGCCCUGCAGACGGAUGCAACCCUGCUGCCUCAGUGUGUGUGGCUGUGUGUGUGCAUACCCCUUGUGUGUGGUUGUGUGUGUGGCUGUGUGUAUACGUGCCCUUGUGUGCGGCUGUGUGUGGUAAUCCUCAGGCAGUUGGAGAAGCAGUUGCAGGUAUGGAGAGAAACCGCACAGUCAGAACAUUCCUCUCUGGAGGACAAGUGCUGUCACUUAGAGGCCACAGUGGAAGUCCUGACCCGACACAACCAGAACCUGCAGGACGAGCUGGGCCGGAUUCGGCUGCUUCUGCAGCCGCUCCAUCCGAUUCCUGUGCCCGGUGUCUCCCUGGCAACAGCAAGUGGUGAAGGAGCCAAAGACACAGAGGCGUCGGCACCGGAGAGGGAGCAAACGGCUGGUGAGCGCCCCCUGCAGGAACAGGAGGCCCAAACGGAGGAGCCGGGAAAGGAGGUGCGCGUCAGCGAGGAAGAGGAGGAGACAAAAGUGGCGCAGACCUCUGGCGCUGGGGAGUCCGGCACCCCAGGACCGCGGCCGCUCGUGACCCCUGACCCCCGGGGCGGGGCAGAGCCGGCUCCCAGCCCCCAUCAGGAGGAGGGCCAGGGGCAUCCUGGGAAGGCCCUCUCGGACCAAUCGGAAAGCUUUCUGGAGCAGGAGGAGGAACUGGCCGACGUGGUGCAGCACCUGAAGACUGGCCUCUCUGUCAGCAGACGCACAGGGCUUGGGUCUGUACAGACGCAGGAGCUGCUGGCUGCAGCUGAGGCAGUGGGAGACUCCGUCGCGCAGCUGGUCUGCGCAGUCAGCUCCUCCGGCCCCGGCCCCGCCUCGACAGCCCUCGCCAGCCGCGCAGCCCCGCGCUCUCAACCAAUCAGGGCACUGCUCUCAGCCAGCUGCGCAGCUAGCGCACACAGCGGUGCUCCGCCCGCAGCUGCGACUGCAGUGAUCUGACCGCGCGGGCGCGCUCGACCGCGAGCGGUCCGCUGCUCUCAGCGGGGUCGCGGUCUUCGAUCAGCAUCCGUGACCAGCAGAGGGCGCUGUGACCUCGUACCACAGAGAAUCUGCUUCAGGGUAUGAGGACCUCAGGCAGAUCGUCAGGUCCCAGAAACAAGGUGUGGCGUAUGCCCCCCCCCCCCCCCCACGACCGGGAGCAGGAGACCUGCCUGUGAUUUGUGCCGACCCGACCGGACCCUGAUCAACCCGUCUGGGCCCCCACAACCCAAGAAACACAACCUGAAAGAUAAAUACACAUGAAACACCAAUACGGCCUUCGCAUUUUCUUUUUCUCACACAAGUACACAAGGGCGCACACUCAUAUAUGCGCGCACACACGUUCACAAAGGCACACACAGUUAGGAUAUGGACACUACUCCGAGUAGGUUUGCUUUAACAUGAACACCGAUUCGUUUUCAGCUAUGAAAUAAGGUGUGGAAAAACCCCAUUAAGCUUAGCUUUUCACAAAAAUAAAAUAAAAAUUGUACAUCUCCAUUCUGUGGCCAUACAGUUGUAUGUUUAUCAUGCUAAUAAAUUCAGAAAAUGAACAGAAGACAGAAAUAGAGAGUAUGGGGAGAAUUGGGGCUGUAAUUUCAGUUCAGAACUAUUCAACAUGUGAUGAAAGAGAUUUCUGCUCUAUCAAAACAACCCAGCUCUGUUGUCACCCACCAAACCAGAGCUGUUGCAGAACCUAGUUCUGCUAGAGCAGUGCUGCCAGACCUGGGCCCUGUUCUCCUUUCAUACCCCUGUAACUGGACCCAAAACAGAGCCAGCAAAGAAGGAUGCCACAAAUGGGAUCUGUCAACUUCAGGAUACCAAAAGUGAAAGGCAUAAAAAUAUACAGAAAAUAUGAGUAAUAUUAUGAAGUAAGGACACAGAAGAGGCCCCAAAAUAAAAUACUUUAGUUCUUUUUUUAUUGAACGUCUUCCAUCUGAUUGUGAAGCAGUGUGGGGAG